UUAAUGCAACAAAGUUGACGCGUCAUACAUGGUCGCGCGGAACGGAACGUUAUAUGUUUGUUUGGUUGUGUCGACGUCAAAAGAAACAAGUUGAUUUCUUUUUUACAGUGUUCUACUGUUCUAGCAUUUUCUAUAAGAUCAAAUCACGUUUGUCUUAAAUGGCAAAUUAUCCUGAUGUUAUAAAUAAAUUCGGCAAGGAGACGUCGAGGUCAGCAUGUAAAAAGUGUGGUUAUGCUGGACACUUAACUUUCCAAUGCAGAAACUUUAUUAAAGUUGAUCCGAAUAAAGAAAUUGUGUUAGAUGUUAGCAGUACAAGUAGUGAUAGCGAGGUGGAAUAUGCAACACCAUUACAGAGUCUUAGGGAAGCAGAGUUGCGUCAAAAAUUGCAAGAGAAACUCAAGAAGGCUAAAGAAAAGAAAAAGACUAAGAAAAGAAAGAGAUCUAGAUCAUUAAGCACCUCAAGUAGUAGCACAUCUUCAUCAUCAACAUCAUCAGACAGCAGUGAUUCAGAAAGAGAGAAGAGAAAAAAACAUAAGAAGAAGAAAUCUAAAAAGUCUAAAAAAUCCCACAGAAAAGAAGAUAAAAAGCAUAAAAAAUAACUUCUGGGUAGCGGUAAACUUCUUUAGCAAGCCACAGACACAAAACUUGUGCAUUAGAUUUUUUUGUAUGUAAAAUAACUACUGCCUAGUCCUUGGUCGAUACUUAAGAAGUUUGCCGGGGCUUCUAACAG